CGUGUGUGUGUGUGUGUGUGUGUGUGUGUGUGUGUGUGUGCGCGCGUGUGUUCGGUUGCCACGGUAACAGAUGUCACAGUGUGAUGUCGGACUCUCGUCACAGUGAUGUCAUCAGCCUACACACCGCACGUCGGUCUCAGCGCUCAGGCUGCGUCACAGAGCGGAGGUAACCAGACACUGUCCAGGUGCAUCAUGGGAAAUGUAGGAUUCAGUGUUUUCAGACUAAACGUCGCCGCUGCUCAGAUUCUGUUGACCCCUCAUCAACCAGAGCCCCCCAGCGUCAGAGCCGAGCUGCCAUGGUUCAGUGUUAAAGGUUAAAAUGUUUUCAGAGAAAAAUCUGUCAAUUAAAAGAUUUAAAUGUAAUUCGAUUUAAAUGAUGUGAUGAUGAUUCCCACACUGAGUUCAGUCUCUGCCUCCCCCCUCACUGUCUGUCUGCCUGUCUCCCUCCCUCCCCCCUGUCUCCCUCCCUCCGGUCGCUGCAGUUCUCCGGUCCGACCUGCUGGCUUUUCUCCCACCGGCAGCAGCGAUGCAGAGGAAACCCGGCGCAGCGGCUCCGGUGUCGUCCUCCACACACUGAGCGGAUCAUCAUCAUUAAAGUCAUUCUUUAUUUUCUUUGUGAGUGUAAAGUCCCGGAGCUGAGGGGGGAUGGUGUCGCCUCCUGAAGCCGGAUAAUCAGACGCAGAGGCCGGCGGCGGUGGCAGGGAGGAGGGAGGGUUACUGGCUGGUCUGGAGGAGGUAACCAAAGCCAGGGGCUGCUGGGUGAAUCACGGCUUCCGCGGAGGAUUGCACCGGGGCAUUUUUGGAUAUUCGGGUCCGUGUUUGAGCAGGUUCUCCCGGCGGGGGUCGCGGACUUCGGGUGCGCUCGGUUCUUGAUGCCCCGGAGGCCCGGAGAAGCUCAGACUGCGGAGCCCCGGAGCAGGGCUCGGACACCGGGGAAGUAGAGGAGGAGUCUGUCUCUCUGUCUGAUUGGACGCCGGCUCCACCAUGAACCCUCUGAACCAGAUGAAGGCUGGACUGGCCAACAACCCACACAGCGAGGGUUCGUACCCCUACGACCCGUCCAGCUGGCAGCAGCCCACCAACCAGCCCACAGGAUCCCUCUCCGUGGUUACCACCGUCUGGGGGGUGACCAAUCCCUCAGCCAGCCAGGGACUGGGUGGAGGUGUGAUGGGGCCUGGGGCCAACCCAGGUGGGGGGCCCAUGAUGCAGGGCCCCGGGGGUCCAGGCAUGGCCGGCGGCCCCGGCGGCUACAUGGGUCAGCAGGGCUACGGAGAGCCCAGCAAAGGCUACAUGAACCAGGGGAUGUACGGCCGGACGACUGGGGGCUACGCCGGAGGACCGGGGGGGUACACAGGGAGUUACCCGUCUAACCCCGGAGGCUCCAGAGGUUCUGCUGACUUCACUCAGGCUGCCGCCGCUGCCGUCGCUGCCGCUGCUGCCACAGCAACCGCCACCGCCACGGCAACCGUCGCCGCCAUCCAGGAGAAACAAAACCAAGAGAUGAACUAUGGACAGAUGGGAGGUCCGGCCUACAACAACCAGUUCAUGGCCCACUCUGGCCCCCGCGGCCCCCCCGGAAUGGCUCCUGGAGGUAUGGGCUCUGGUCCAGGUCCUACCAGGGGUCCCUCAAUGGGCCCCAUGUAUGGACCUGGAGGAGGCCCACAGAGGGUCCCACAGCACCCGAACUAUGGUCCUGGACCACAGCAGGGCCACCUGAGGCCCCCACAGGGCCUCAAACGUCCCUACAACUCUGAGUCUUUCCCAGGAAUGUCUCAGCAGUACGGCGUUCCUGUCGGUUCCAAUGUGAACGUGAUGUCGGGUCCCGGUGGUGCCGGUGGUUCGAUGGCGGGUUCAGGUGGAGGUCACGCCGGCCCCGGCCCGUACUCCGGACCUAACAUGCAGUACCACCCAGGUCCUGGUGGUCCUGGCCCCGCCCCUCAGCGCUCAGGCUCCUCCCCCUCCUAUCAGAGCCAUAAAAUGUCCCUCCCUCAGUACCCCCCCUCUGGACCCCCCAACUCGCAGUACUACAAGCAGGACCAGUUUAACGGUCAGGGCGGAGGCUUGAACGCUCUGACCACAGGGGGCGCUGGUGGUGUCUACAACUCCUUCAACCAGCCGUCGGGGCCUGGUCGAGGGUUGCCAGGUUACCCCUCCUCCCCCGUACCUGGAAACCCGACCCCUCCCAUCACCCCCAGCAGCUCCAUGGCGCCGCCCUACAUGUCGCCUGGCAACAGUGACGUCAAGCCGACGCCUUCUUCCUUCCUGCCAGACAUCAAACCCAACAUGGCCAGCCUGGCCCCGCCCCCUCCCACAGGUAACCCCAGCGACGACCUGCGGCUGACCUUCCCGGUGCGUGACGGCGUGGUCCUGGAGCCCUUCAGGUUAGAGCACAACCUGGCCGUCAGCAACCACGUCUUCCAGCUGCGAGACUCCGUCUACAAAACCCUCAUCAUGAGACCGGACCUGGAGCUCCAGUUUAAGUGUUACCACCACGAGGACCGACAGAUGAACACCAACUGGCCCGCCUCCGUCCAGGUGAGCGUGAACGCGACUCCUCUCACCAUCGAACGAGGCGACAACAAAACUUCCCACAAGCCUUUGUACCUGAAGCAGGUGUGUCAGCCGGGCAGGAACACCAUCCAGAUCACCGUGACCGCCUGCUGCUGCUCUCACCUGUUUGUCCUGCAGCUGGUUCAUCGUCCGUCGGUGCGCUCGGUGCUGCAGGGUCUGAUGAAGAAGAGGCUGCUGCCUGCAGAGCACUGCGUCACCAAGAUUAAAAGGAACUUCAGCAGCGGUUCGAUUCCUGGGACCCCCGGGCUGAACGGAGAGGACGGCGUGGAGCAGACGGCCAUCAGAGUCUCAUUAAAAUGUCCGAUCACUUUCCGCCGGAUUCAGCUUCCCGCCAGAGGUCACGACUGCCGACACAUACAGUGUUUCGACCUGGAGUCGUACCUGCAGCUCAACUGUGAGAGAGGAACCUGGAGGUGCCCUGUGUGCAAUAAAACCGCUCUGUUAGAAGGUCUGGAGGUGGAUCAGUACAUGCUGGGAAUCCUCAUCUACGUUCAAAAUUCGGAGUACGAGGAGAUCACCAUCGACCCGGUCUGCAGCUGGAAGCCGGUCCCCGUGAAGCCGGACCUCCAUGUGAAGGAGGAGUCUGACGGCCCGGUGCUGAAGCGCUGCAGGACGCUCAGCCCCAGCCACAUGGUCCUGCCCAGUGUGAUGGAGAUGAUCGCAUCUCUUGGCCCCGCCCCCUCCUCAUCCACCUCCGCCGCCUCCUCCUCCCCGAUGCCCUACCCCUCCCUACCUGCAGGGGGCAGCAGUAACAGCAGCAACACACCUGACUACCCCGGACCAGCUCCGUCCUAUCCCGCUCAGUCCGGGACUUUCUCCGACUUCAGUGGUCCUGGGACUCCGGGGGUCGGGGGAGACUUCUCCUCCCCUGGUCCUCCCCCUCUCUCCUACCAGUCGGAGCUCUCCAGUGCCCUCCUCACCCCCGACAAGCCUCCCCCUCACCCGCUGGCUGGACAGAUAUCAGUCUCAGGCCGUCUGGACUCCACUUCCCAUGGUGCUCCUCUCUCUCAGCAGCAGUCACAGGGUCUCCACAGCAACUCCCAAAUGGGGGGCGGCAACCAGAUGAUGCAGCGUAGCAACCAGAAUCCCCGUCUCCAAGGCGACGGCUCCUUCGGACUCGGGGGCUCUGCGGAGGUUCCAGAACCUUCUCUGGACUUGCUUCCUGAGUUGACCAACCCGGACGAGUUGCUGUCCUACCUCGGACCUCCAGACCUCCCGAGCAACAACAACGACGACCUGCUGUCUUUGUUUGAGAACAACUGAACACACACACACACACACACACAAACACACACACACAAAGACACAAACACACUCUGUAAAAUACAAACUCUUUCUCCUCGCCCACCAAACACGACCAUCGGUCCAACAUGGCCGCCGUCUGCACAGGAUGGAGCGGACGAUAAGAAGGAAACAAAAAACAAACACAACUUUUAAAUAUGAAAACUCUUUGAUGUGUGACUAUGAACUUGAUGGUAACUUUAUUUUAUUGUUUUUUAUCCUCUGAACUGUAUUUUGAUGCUUCAUCCUUCAUUCCCUGUCGGAGCUCACCGCCUCACUGCAGCAACUACAGACUGUUUAACGUGAGCGUUGGUGUUUUUAAACUGCAGGUCACAUCCAACCAUCUCUGCUGAGCCUCCUCCACCUCCUCCACCAGGUCAUUUCCCUCCUUCAGACGAUAGUCUCUGUUCAUUUCUAUGAAAAUGCGGAGAGAAAAAUGGCGUCAGUCCGUUGUGUCGCUCAGCAGCGAUGAGGAGUUGAUGUGAUUUGUAGUUGAAGCAGUAAGGUCCUUUAAACCCAGAAUAUUUCUGGUCCUAAUGAGUUUUUAAAUGUGUUGGUAUAAACAGCUGGAGAUGAGCUUUAAAGGAGAUUAGGUGGAGACACUGAAGGCGGCGCUAACGAAGACGCAUCGUUUACACCCAGCCACAGGGUGGCGAUGGAGGGGCGGAGUUUCCCUGUAAAUGUUCAAAUAUUCCCCAGAAGAUUCCUCUGAACUGCAGAGACGAGCUGGUUCCCUCCACAAACAGUAGGAGUGUAAAGCAGCACGGGAAGGAAAUACUCAAGUACAAGUACCGCAAAUGUGUACUUAAGGACAGUAAAUUCCACCACUGGACACCGCGCGGAUGAAAGGAGCGACGUCAAAUGUCUGCCUGAACGAUCGUCAUUUGAUGCAGUUUGACGUCACAUCACCUGAUCAAUCACCUGACUGAUCAGUGAUCUCGCUGCAGAUGUUGAAACGACGCCUCGUUAAGACGCCGUCUGUCGUCGUUCACCUCCGUCCAUCUGCACAUCUGGCUGAGUGUAAACAGGAGUGUGUUCGGUCACAUCUGGAUUUCCUCUGAGGCUGAAAUGAAAAGUGUAAACGGGGCCAAAGCUGCUCGACUCGCUAAACCUGUUUCUGUAACGACGUCACUUUGACUCCGGAGGGCUUUUUGGCGGGAAGCGUCGUCGGUUUUUAAGCUCACCGUCUCCCUGACGACAGCGAGAGGAAAACAGGAAACGCAGUCGUUUGGUCGUCGAUCACAGCCACAGCUUGUAUAUGUAAUAAUAAACCAGAGUUCAUCUUCAUCAUCCUCCUCAUCAUCAUUACUCUGUAUGUUGUAAAGUGACUAGAGUCCAGACAGUUGUGGUGUCUCCAUGUCCCAGUGAGUCCAGUGCUUCUGGAAAAAAUAAAAACUGUACAUGGUCACUCUGUAUGAUUCAGUAACGAUGCUAAUAACAGUAAUAAUAAAAAUAAUAAUAACCUUUGUAAUUUAAUAAACACACACUGGAAAGACA